UACAUAUGUCCUUUUGAGAUAUAUUUGAUAGGUGGAGGACCUUUGCUAAUUACCUACUCUGUAUCUCUUUCCCUUAUUGUUCUUGUAAUCUCGUUCAUCUUCUCCUACAUCUUGUUUUAUUUGAGUAAGUAUCUCAUGGAAACUUCUCAACCCCUUUCGAUUGAGAGUUUUUCAUACAGCUGGCUAGUAAACCUGAAACCAUCUCUGGAAAGCCUCGACAGUUCCCUUAGGGCCUCCCUUGAUGCAUCUGAUGAAGCUUCCUUCAUCGAGAUGGACCCAAGAAUGCCACCCUCUAAGAGAUUCUUCAGAAAUUCUCAGGACUUUAAAUUUGAUUUCCCUACUUCACAGUCUCCUCUGACUGUGGUCCAUGCUGAUGAGCUCUUUUCCAAUGGUUAUGUCAUGCCUAUUUUUGUUGAUCCGUUGAAAAUUGAGAGUUACGAGGUUUCAGAUUCAGCCUCAGCCCUUCCUGCCUCUUCGCAUGCACCAAAAGUUGUGGUCUCAGGUAGGAAAACUCGCUGUUCUUCCCUGAGAAGGUGUCGGACAUUAUCAAAGCAGAUGUUUCAGAAGUAUUUUGAUUUUCUUAGACCAUUAUAUCGAAGGAUUCGAGGUCACAGGUCAAGUACUAGAGCUGAAAAAAUGGAUACAAAAGUUCAGGUAAUGAAGAGGUGGAUGUAUUCUGCUGAAGCAUCUCCAAGAAUAAGUGUAGCUUACUCUGUUGAUGAUUGGCGGAGGUCUUGUGAUUCUGAGAGCUCAAUUUAUGAGGCAGUUCUCCAUUGCAAAAAAUCCAUCGAGAAAUGAAAUGAGGCUGUUGUACAAUAGAAAGAAAAUGAAAGAGAAGAAACCAGCAAUGUCCAUAUUCACAUGGGAAGACAGAAAACGAGGGGAACAAAGAAAGAUCAGCAGCCACUUGUUUUUUGUUUUUUUUUUUUCUCUUCUUGCUGUGAGGAUAAUGUAAAUUUGUUUUGUGAGGGAGGGACGAGAAAAGACUGUGUGGAUCGUCGGUCAUGGAAAAUUCUAGCCUGAGGAGAGAAACAAAUUAAAAUUUCGUUUUUUGUCCUUUUCUUUUAUGGGAAAAGAUUUUCCUUCUCUUCCCUUUUCUUUCCCUUGAUUUCCUUGAAAACAAACAUUGUAUAAAGAUUCUAUCCCUUAUAUCUGUGGAGCUUUAUUUAAAUGAUAUCAGGAUUACUUUA